AUGGCACUUAAUUCAUUAACACCACUUUCAAUUAAUUCUCUUCAUGUUUCUUCUUACCCUUCAAGUUCAAAGAUUUCAAACACUCUUCAUUUUCACUCAAAGUCCUCUCAAAUUAUCUCCAAAAUUAAUUCAAACAAGGUUACUAAUGUAGAAUCUAACAAGAAAUGGAGGAAACUGUUUUCAGCAACAUUGGCAGCUGCUGUUAUUGUUUUCAGUUCUGACAUGUCUGCCCUUGCUGAUCUUAACAAAUUUGAGGCUGAAAUGAGGGGUGAAUUUGGUAUUGGAUCUGCUGCACAAUUUGGAUCAGCAGAUCUUAGAAAAGCUGUGCAUGUGAAUGAAAAUUUCAGAAGAGCCAAUUUCACAUCUGCUGAUAUGAGAGAAUCUGAUUUUAGUGGUUCUACCUUCAAUGGUGCAUACAUGGAAAAAGCUGUUGCAUUCAAAGCAAAUUUUACAGGUGCUGAUUUGAGUGAUACGUUGAUGGAUCGAAUGGUUCUUAAUGAAGCAAAUCUCACGAAUGCGAUUCUUUCCAGAACAGUCCUCACACGGAGUGAUCUUGGAGGCGCUGUCAUUGAAGGUGCUGACUUUAGUGAUGCUGUGUUGGAUCUUCCACAAAAGCUGGCUUUAUGCAAGUAUGCUAGUGGCACAAAUCCUGUAACAGGAGUAAGCACUAGAGUGAGUUUAGGUUGUGGGAACAAACGACGAAAUGCUUAUGGCCUCUGCGAUUCAAAGUAG